AUGUACUGGGACUGGGACACAGAAUGCGAAGAGAAACCUUCCGCUUCACCUGCAGCCAGCGCGGCCGGGGCCCAGCCAUCGCCGGCACCAGUCAGACUGGGCCAGCUGACUGUGGUCACCCUUGGCAGCUUCUCAAGUGCCAAGCCUGCACGCAGGGGCAGGGGUGAACGCGCAUGUCGCUCCCGGCCACGCCGACGGGCUUCAUGUUCGUCUUGCCAGUGUGCGGCCCCUGAUGCUUUUGCACCAGGUGCUUCUGGACCCUGCUUCAAGGGCUUUGCUUCCUUCCUCCGGACCAUUCUCUCGAUGUAUGCUUGCCGAUGCCAUCAAGAACCGAGGAUUAUCAAAGACACUCGUGCUGCCCGCUUCUCCGGCCUCUCGCAGCGAUUCACUGUGCGCUCGAUCGGGAGACUGCCUGCUCGGGUCCCUCAAGUCCCGGCUGCAUGCCUUCAGGAUACCCACAGGCCUGCACAGACACGGCAGCGGCUGAUGGCGCGCAUCGUGGACAACUCAGGAGGGCACGACACUGCAGUGGGGGAACUGCCUUCGACUCGGUUGUUGCGGCUGCAGCCUCUGCCACACCUGCAACGCCUGCUGUCCUGCAGCAGCAUCCAAGGAGAUCUGUGA